GAUGAUAUCUCAUAGUGGUUUUGAUUUGCAUUUCUCUGAUGGCCAGUGAUGAUGAGCAUUUUUUCAUGUGUUUUAAAUUUCUACUUGUGUUAUCCAACUAGAUCACUGAAUUUCCUUCAUAUUUUCUUGUAUCAAAACUGUCUUGCUACAGAUCCAGAAGUCAGUUGUAUCUCCAGGUAAGAAGAGAGUGAUAGACUUCAGAACUAAAGUGAAGUGAUUUAUCAUUGAGACCCCAUUUAUCCGAUAUUGGAACUCCAGGCUUUUAGGAACUGAUCUGUCUGGUAACCAAGUUGAUAUGGUUUGGCUGUGUCCCCACCCAAAUAUCAUCUUGAACUGUAGCUCCGAUAAUUCCCACAUGUUGUCGGAGGGGCCUGGUGGGAGAUAAUUGAAUCAUAGAGGCAGUUCCCCCAUACUGUUCUCAUGGUAGUGAAUAAGUCUCACAAGAUCUGAUGGUUUCAUAAGGGGGAACCUCCUUCACUUGGUCCUCAUUUCUCUCUCGUCAGCCACCAUGUAAGACGUCCCUUUUGCCUUCUGCCAUGAUUGUGAGGCCUCCCCAGGCAUGGGAAAUUGUGAGUCCAUUAAACCUCUUUUUCUUUAUAAAUUACCCAGUCUCAGUUAUGUCUUUACCAGCAGCAUGAAAACGGACUAAUACGCAAGUCUCCUCCUUGAUUGACUUCCUCUCUUUAUUCUCUAGUCCUAUUAGGUGAGUUUGUUCUUAUUAUCUUGUUCUUGCUAUAUUGGGCUUUUCUAAUCCUGAGCUCUAGUUUUCCUAUGACUGGGCCACUGAAUCUUGUGGCAUGGGUCAUCUGAAACGCCAUCAACUGCUUGCCAUAAUCUCAAUUCUGUCCCGUGUUUGCACCUUGUCCAACACUCCUGAUAUCCAUGCUGUAAUCCUUCCCCUUCUAAUGAUUUUCUUCGUGUUGAUUAUCUGCUCCUAAUUGUUCCUUUCUAGACUUGAAAAAUAUUAAAUUGUGCUAUUAUACAUAUAUUAGUUGUCUUUGGGAGUUAGAGUCCACAAGAUUUUUUGGUUAAUUGAAUGUGUUAGGAAAAGAUGAGGAAGGAUCCACGAUGAACCUGAGGAUUCUGGCUUGAUCAAUUGUAUGGCCAGUACUUCCAUCAACUUUCUAGCUGAGGUAUGGAGUAUGGCAGGAGGAAAAGUACUGCAUGGGAGUGCAGGAUGAAAGAUGACCAGUAGCGUUGCUAUGUUUGCAAGUUGAGUUAGAAUGGAGAUGUCAGAUAGUGUGAUAGCCUUCAUGCUGAGGAAAGAGGGAUGUGCUAGAGAUUACAACUUGGGGGAUAUCAAUCUAUACGUAGCAAGUAGAGAUCUGAUGAUUGAGGAUCACCCAGGUGAGAGUCCACAGGGAAAAGGGAAGAGGGCCCCUAAGGUCCAGUCAUUUUAAAUGACAACUGAGAAAAGAGAAUUCACAAAGGAGCCUAUAGAACUUAGAGGGGAAAAGAAAAAAGUCAGAAAAGUAUGAAGCUAUAAAAAAGAAUAGCUUUUAAGAGAUAGAGAGAUAAGAUAAUUCAAAUAUCAAGACUUCAAGUAAGAAAAUGACUCCAAAUGUGUUAUUACUGGGGACCCUGGCCAGUAGGUUCAUGGGGUGGUGAGGACAGUAGCCAGAUGGCAGUUGGCUGUGCACUGAGUGGAAACUGAGUGAGAAUAGAUGGUGAACAUAGACAACUGUUCUGAUAAGUCUGGCUGUAAAGAGGGGAAGGCAGAUACUACAGGAGCCAUAGGGAAAUAAAGGAGAGAUAAAGAGGGUUAUGUUAUGUACUUUGCUUCUUUUCUUUUGUUCUAUUUUUAGCAAAAAUGUGAACAUGCUUACAUACUUACAGAGAAAAGAGAAAUUGCAGAUGGAAAAUAAAGAGAGGCAAGACCCUACAGGGAAGUAAAAGAAUCUUAUUCUGAGCACGCUGAAAUUUUAUCCUUGGAUAAAGAGACAAAACCUAGUAGCCUGGUUAGUAGGAGGAAAACAGGAAUAGAUGUAUAUGGAUGUAGAUAAGUCUAUAUCACUGGUACAGGGAAAUUAAAGAAGGUACCUCUAACAGGUUCUAUUUACUCUGCAAGUAAAUUGCAGACGAUGAAAAAGUGGGGUAAGAGGAUUAAAUGCUUCAGGCGAGAGGAACCUUUAAGUAGUAGUUUUCUCCACAAAUUUUGGAGGUUAAUAAUUUUCAGUGUUUUGGACAAAAUGAACAAGUUGAUUCUAAAAUUGAGGAGAAUAACAAAGAAUAAAACUGGCUAAAACACUCCUGAGGAAGAAUAAUGACUUGGAGGGAAUAUGUCCUACCAGAUAAUAUAGCAAGAAUUAUUAUAAUGCUAUAAUAAUUUAAAAAGGAUGACAUUGGCUCAAGGGGUAAAUAUAUAAAACAAAGACUCAGAAACGGCCAUAUAUAAGUGGAAAAUUAUACAUAAGAGAAAUGGUAUUGCCAUCAUUGGGAACAGAACAAAUGGCAUUAAAAUUUUUUUGCCCAAUUAUUUAUUGAUAUUGAAAAUAUAGAGUUGAUCUUCUUCUCAUUUAUACAUAAAAACUAAUUCCAAAUAAAUUAAUUACAUGCGAAAAGCAAAAACUUUAUACUUUACAAAAGCAAAAGAAUAUUUCAUUACCUCAAUGUAGGGAUACAUUUAUUUAAGACAAAAGUGGGAAUUAUGAAAACAUUAAGGAUAAAUUCAAUUACAUUAAAUUAACUAUAAUAGUCAAAAAUACUGUAAGUAAUGUAGAAAAAAAAUCAACAAACUGGGAGAAGGAAUUUGCAUGGCAUACAGUCAACAAGAUAAUGAUGAUCUUAGUAUGUAAAGCACUCCUUUAAAUCAAUGAGAAAGUGACAAUGGACCAAUUAAUAAAAUGGAAAUGAGACAUGAAGAGCUAUUUCACAGAAGAGGAAACACGAAUGGUCAAAAACAUAAGAAAAUGCAGUCCAUCUCACUAGUUAUCAGGGAAAUGCAAGUUCAGAUCACAGAUAAAUACCAUUUUGCUUCUAGAUUGGUAAAAAUGAUUACAUCUUACAAAGCCAAUCUGACAGACAUGUGGAACAACAAGUAAGAGUGACUCUUACAUAGAACUAAUGCAUGUAUCCAUUGGCAUAAGCUCUGGAAAGCAAUUUGAAGUUAUUUUAUAAAUUUGACCAUAAAUUUACUCUAAAUUGACUAAGUAAUUCCACUCCUACACACACACUUAAGGAAAAAUCUUCAAUGUGUAUGUGCAAUCGUGUACAAAUCAAAAUAUGUACAAAAAUGUUCAUACAGCAAAAAACUUGAAAAAUAAAAGUAUUUUUGCCUUGACAAGAAAAGGAAAAAACAAACUGUAGUAUAUUUAUAUAACAGGUUGUUAGAGAAUAUUGAAAAUGAAUGAACUACUGUUAUGUGCAACUACAUGCAUAAAUUGUUAAAACCUAAGUUGAACCAAAAAAGGCGGGACUCCAUAGACCACGAUGUGCUAUACAGACGUGCCUCAUUUUACUGUACUUCACAGUAAUGUGCUUCACAGAUACUGCAUUUUUUUUCACAAAUUGAAAGUUUGUGGCAAUUCAGCAUCAAGCAAUAGCAUGUGCUCAGUUUGUGUCUCGGUGUCACAUUUUGAUAAUUUUUGCAAUAUCUCAAAUUUUUUCAGUAUUUUGUUACAUGUGUUAGGGUAAUCUGUGAUCAAUGAUCUUUGAUGUUCCUAUUGUAAUUGUUUUGGGGCACCACAAACCAUGCCCAUAUGACAACCAACUUAAUUGAUAAAUGUUCAGUAUGUCUGACUGCUUCACUGAUAGGCUGUUCCUCUGUUUCUCUCCCUAUUCUCAGGCCUCCAUAUUCCCUGAGACUAAACAAUAUUGAAAUUAGGCCAAUUAAUAACGCUUUCAAUGUUCAAGUGAAAGUAAGGGUCACCCAACUAUCACUUUAAAUCAAAAUCUAGAACGGAUUAAGCUUAUGGAGGAAGGCAUAUUGACUAAGAUAGGCUGAAACUAAUCCUGUUGUGCCAGACAGCCAAGAUGUCAAUGCAGAGGAAAAGUUCUUGAAGAAGGUUAAAAUUGCUACUCCAGUUCACACACAAAUGGUAAAAAAGUGAAAUAGCCUUUUUGCUGAGAUGGUGAAAGUUUGAGUGGUCUGGAUAGAAGAUCAAACCAGCCACAACAUUUCCUUAAGCCAAAGCCUAACCCAGAGCAAAGCCCCUACUCUCCUCAAUUCUAUGAAGGCUGAGAGAAAUAAGGAAGCUGCAGAAGAAAAGUUGGAAGCUAGCAAAGGUUGGUUCAUAAGGUUUAAGGGAAGAAGCCAUCUCCAUAACAUAAGAGUGCAAGGUGAAGUAGCAGGUGCUAAUGUAAAGGUGCAGCAAGUUAUUCUUAAGAUCUAGCUAAGAUAAUUGAUUAAAGUGGCUACACUGAAAAGCACAUUUUCAGUGUAGGCAAAACAACCUCCUGUUGGAAGAAAAUGCCAUCUAGGACUUUCAUAGAUAGAAAGAAGUUGAUGCCUGGCUUCACAGUUUCAAAGGACAGGCUGACUCUCUUGUUAGGGGCUAAUGCAGCUGAUGACUUUAACUGAAACCAGUGUUCAUUUAUCAUUCAGAAAAUUCUAGGUCCCUUACAAAUUGUGCUAAAUCUACUAUGUCUGUGCUCCAUAAAUGGAACAAUAAAGCCUGGAUGACAGCACAUCUGUUUACAGUAUGGUUUACUGAAUAUUGUAAGCCCACUGUUGACAGCUAAUGCUCAGGGAAAAAAAAAAAAGAUUUAUUUCAAAACAUUACUGCUCAUUGACAAUGCCCCUAGUCACCCAAGAUCUCUGAUGGAGAUGGGCAAGGAUGUGAAUGUUUUUAUCCAGCCCAUCUAUGAAUCAGGGAGUAAUUUCAGCUUUCAAGUCUUUUUUUUUUUUUUUUAAGACCGAGUCUCACUCUAUCACCCAGGCUGGAGUGCAGUGGCGCGACCUCGGCUCACUGCAACCUCUGCCUGCUGGGUUCAAAUGAUUCUCUUGCCUCAGCCUCCUGAGUAGCUGGGAUUACAGGCAUGUGCCACCAUACCCGGCUAAUUUUUGUAUUUUUAGUAGAGACGGGGUUUCACCAUGUUGGCCAGGAUGGUCUCAAACUCUUGACCUCAGGUGAUCCACCUGCCUCAACCUCCCAAAGUUCUGGGAUUACAGGUGUGAGUUACCGCACCCGGCUUCAAGUCUCAUUAUUUAAGAAAUACAGUUUAUAAGGUGAACACUCCGUAGAUAGUGAUUCCUUUGGCGAAUCUGGGAAAAAUCCAUUGCAAACCAUCUGGGAAGGAUUCAUCAUUCUAGGUGCCAUUCAGAACAUUUGUAGGUGCCUCAUUAAUGCAGUAGGUAGCAUGGUAGUCUCAUAAUCUGAAGAAACAUUCAUGAUUCAUGGGAGGAGGUCAAAAUAGCAACAUUAACAAGAGUUGGAAGAAAUUUAUUCCAACCCUUAUGGAUGACUUUGAGGGGUUCAACACCUCAAUGGAGGAAGUAACUGCGGAUGUGGUGGAAAUAGCAGGAGAAGUAGAAUUAGAAGUGGACCUGAAGAUGUGACUGAAUAACUGCCAUCUCAUGAUCGAAGUUGAAUGGAUGCAAAGUUGCUUCUUAUGGAUGAAAAAAAAAGAAUUUUGUGAAAUGAAAUCUACUCCUGGUGAACACUGUCGAAAUAGCAACAAAGAUUUUAGAAUAUUACAUAAACAUAACUCAUAAAACAGCAAUGAGGUUUGAGAGGAUUGACUCCAAUUUUGAAAGAAGUUCUAUUGUGGUUAAAAUAUUAUCAAAAAGCACAGCAUGUUACAAAGAAAUCUUUCAUGAAAGGAAGAGUCAAUAGAAGCAACAAAUUUUAUUAUUGUUUUGUUUUAAGAAAUUGCCACAGCCAUCUCAGCCUUCAGCAACCAUCACCCUGAUCAGUCAGCAGCUGUCAACAUGGAGGCAAGACCCUCCACCAGCAAAAAGAUUAUGACUUGCUAAAGGCUGAGAUGAUCGUUAGCAUUUUUUAGCAAUACAGUUUUUUGAAAUUAAGGUAGGUACAUUGUUUUUGCAGGCAUAAUGCAAUGGUACACUUAAUGGACUACAGUAUAGUGUAAGGAUAACUUUUAUAUGCACUAGGAAACCAAAAAUAUUGUGUGUCUCAUUUCAUUUUGAUAUUUGCUUUAUUACAGCAGUCUGGAACUGAACCUACAAUAUCUCUGAGGGAGGACACAUCUAUGACUAGCAGUGGCAUGUGCUCAGGAAAGAUUCCUUUUGCAAUAAAAACAACACCAGGUGCCUCUCAAAUUCUUGCCAAAACAAUUCUACAUGCAAAGAUUUUUCAAAAGACAAUGAUUGUUCUUGUUCAGACACAGCCAAUAAUUUGGACAAAGACUGUGACAACAUGAAAGACCCUUGCUUCUCCAAUCCCUGUCAAGGAAGUGCCACUUGUGUGAACACCCCAGGAGAAAGUAGUUUUCUGUGCAAAUGUCCUCCUGGGUACAGUGGGACAAUCUGUGAAACUACCAUUGGUUCCUGUGGCAAGAACUCCUGCCAACAUGGAGGUAUUUGCCAUCAGGACCCUAUUUAUCCUGUCUGCAUCUGCCCUGCUGGAUAUGCUGGAAGAUUCUGUGAGAUAGAUCACGAUGAGUGUGCUUCCAGCCCUUGCCAAAAUGGGGCCGUGUGCCAGGAUGGAAUUGAUGGUUAUUCCUGCUUCUGUGUCCCAGGAUAUCAAGGCAGACACUGCGACUUGGAAGUGGAUGAAUGUGCUUCAGAUCCCUGCAAGAACGAGGCUACAUGCCUCAAUGAAAUAGGAAGAUAUACUUGUAUCUGUCCCCACAAUUAUUCUGGUGUAAACUGUGAAUUGGAAAUUGACGAAUGUUGGUCCCAGCCUUGUUUAAAUGGUGCAACUUGUCAGGAUGCUCUGGGGGCCUAUUUCUGCGACUGUGCCCCUGGAUUCCUAGGGGAUCACUGUGAACUCAACACUGAUGAGUGUGCCAGUCAACCUUGUCUCCAUGGAGGGCUGUGUGUGGAUGGAGAAAACAGAUAUAGCUGUAACUGCACGGGUAGUGGAUUCACAGGGACACACUGUGAGACCUUGAUGCCUCUUUGUUGGUCAAAACCUUGUCACAAUAAUGCUACAUGUGAGGACAGUGUUGACAAUUACACUUGUCACUGCUGGCCUGGAUACACAGGUGCCCAGUGUGAGAUCGACAUCAAUGAAUGCAAUAGUAACCCCUGCCAGUCCAAUGGGGAAUGUGUGGAGCUGUCCUCAGAGAAACAAUAUGGACGCAUCACUGGACUGCCUUCUUCUUUCAGCUACCAUGAAGCCUCAGGUUAUGUCUGUAUCUGUCAGCCUGGAUUCACAGGAAUCCACUGCGAAGAAGACGUCAAUGAAUGUUCUUCAAACCCUUGCCAAAAUGGUGGUACUUGUGAGAACUUGCCUGGGAAUUAUACUUGCCAUUGCCCAUUUGAUAACCUUUCUAGAACUUUUUAUGGAGGAAGGGACUGUUCUGAUAUUCUCCUGGGCUGUACCCAUCAGCAAUGUCUAAAUAAUGGAAUAUGCAUCCCUCACUUCCAAGAUGGCCAGCAUGGAUUCAGCUGCCUGUGUCCAUCUGGCUACACCGGGUCCCUGUGUGAAAUCGCAACCACACUUUCAUUUGAGGGCGAUGGCUUCCUGUGGGUCAAAAGUGGCUCAGUGACAACCAAGGGCUCAGUUUGUGACAUAGCCCUCAGGUUUCAGACUGUUCAGCCAAUGGCUCUUCUACUUUUCCGAAGCAACAGGGAUGUGUUUGUGAAGCUGGAGCUGCUAAGUGGCUACAUUCACUUAUCAAUUCAGGUCAAUAAUCAGUCAAAGGUGCUUCUGUUCAUUUCCCACAACACCAGCGAUGGAGAGUGGCAUUUCGUGGAGGUAAUAUUUGCAGAGGCUGUGACCCUUACCUUAAUCGACGACUCCUGUAAGGAGAAAUGCAUCGCGAAAGCUCCUUCUCCACUUGAAAGUGAUCAAUCAAUAUGUGCUUUUCAGAACUCCUUUUUGGGUGGUUUACCAGUGGGAAUGACCAGCAAUGGUGUUGCUCUGCUUAACUUCUAUAAUAUACCAUCCACACCUUCGUUUGUAGGCUGUCUCCAAGACAUUAAAAUUGAUUGGAAUCACAUUACCCUGGAGAACAUCUCGUCUGGCUCAUCAUUAAAUGUCAAGGCAGGCUGUGUGAGAAAGGAUUGGUGUGAAAGCCAACCUUGUCAAAGCAGAGGACGCUGCAUCAACUUGUGGCUGAGUUACCAGUGUGACUGCCACAGGCCCUAUAAAGGCCCCAACUGUCUGAGAGAGUAUGUGGCAGGCAGAUUUGGCCAGGACGACUCCACUGGUUAUGUCAUCUUUACUCUUGAUGAGAGCUAUGGAGACACCAUCAGCCUCUCCAUGUUUGUCCGAACGCUUCAACCAUCAGGCUUACUUCUAGCUUUGGAAAACAGCACUUAUCAAUAUAUCCGUGUCUGGCUAGAGCGUGGCAGACUAGCAAUGCUGACUCCAAACUCUCCCAAAUUAGUAGUAAAAUUUGUUCUUAAUGAUGGAAAUGUCCACUUGAUAUCUUUGAAAAUCAAGCCAAAUAAAAUUGAACUGUAUCAGUCUUCACAAAACCUAGGAUUUAUUUCUGCUUCUACAUGGAAAAUCGAAAAGGGAGAUGUCAUCUACAUUGGUGGCCUACCUGACAAGCAAGGGACUGAACUUAAUGGUGGAUAUUUCAAAGGCUGUAUCCAAGAUGUAAGACUAAACAACCAAAAUCUGGAAUUCUUUCCAAAUCCAACAAACAAUGCAUCUCUCAAUCCAGUUCUUGUCAAUGUAACCCAAGGCUGUCCUGGAGACAACAGCUGCAAGAGGCAGACCAAUGUGGGAAGGGCACUCACUGAGUUGGGAUCCAGAGGACCUAGGUACCAAGUUUCACUGUUUCGCUUCUGUGUAGGAUCUUGGGCAACUGGAAACACCUUCUUUUUAUCAUCUAUAAAACCAGGAUCCAACCCCUGUCACAAUGGAGGUGUUUGCCAUUCCUGGUGGGAUGACUUCUCCUGUUCCUGUCCUGCCCACACAAGUGGGAAAGCCUGUGAGGAGGUUCAGUGGUGUGGAUUCAGCCCAUGUCCUCGCGGAGCCCAGUGCCAGCCGGUGCUUCAAGGAUUUGAAUGUAUUGCAAAUGCUGUUUUUAAUGGACAAAGCAGUCAAAUAUUAUUCAGAAGCAAUGGGAAUAUUACCAGAGAACUCACCAAUAUCACAUUUGGUUUCAGAACAAGGGAUGCAAACGUAAUAAUAUUGCAUGCAGAAAAAGAGCCUGAAUUUCUUAAUAUUAGCAUUCAAGAUUCCAGAUUAUUCUUUCAAUUGCAAAGUGGCAACAGCUUUUAUACGCUAAGUCUGACAAGUUUGCAGUCAGUGAAUGAUGGCACCUGGCACGAAGUGACCCUUUCCAUGACAGACCCACUGUCCCAGACCUCCAGGUGGCAAAUGGAAGUGGACAACGAAACACCUUUUGUGACCAGCACAAUUGCUACUGGAAGCCUCAACUUUUUGAAGGAUAAUACAGAUAUUUAUGUGGGAGACAGAGCUAUUGACAAUAUAAAGGGCCUGCAAGGGUGUCUAAGUACAAUAGAAAUCGGAGGCAUUUAUCUCUCUUACUUUGAAAAUGUUCAUGGUUUCAUUAAUAAACCUCAGGAAGAGCAAUUUCUCAAAAUCUCUACCAAUUCAGUGGUCACUGGCUGUUUGCAGUUAAAUGUCUGCAACUCCAACCCCUGUUUGCAUGGAGGAAACUGUGAAGACAUCUAUAGCUCUUAUCAUUGCUCCUGUCCCUUGGGAUGGUCAGGGAAACACUGUGAACUCAACAUCGAUGAAUGCUUUUCAAACCCCUGUAUCCAUGGCAACUGCUCUGACAGAGUUGCAGCCUACCACUGCACAUGUGAGCCUGGAUACACUGGUGUGAACUGUGAAGUGGAUAUAGACAACUGCCAGAGUCACCAGUGUGCAAAUGGAGCCACCUGCAUUAGUCAUACUAAUGGCUAUUCUUGCCUCUGUUUUGGAAAUUUUACAGGAAAAUUUUGCAGACAGAGCAGAUUACCCUCAACAGUCUGUGGGAAUGAGAAGACAAAUCUCACUUGCUACAAUGGAGGCAACUGCACAGAGUUCCAGGCUGAAUUAAAAUGUAUGUGCCGGCCAGGUUUUACUGGAGAAUGGUGUGAAAAGGACAUUGAUGAGUGUGCCUCUGAUCCGUGUGUCAAUGGAGGUCUGUGCCAGGACUUACUCAACAAAUUCCAGUGCCUCUGUGAUGUUGCCUUUGCUGGCGAGCGCUGCGAGGUGGACUUGGCAGAUGACUUGAUCUCCGACAUUUUCACCACUAUUGGCUCAGUGACCAUCGCCUUGUUACUGAUCCUAUUGCUGGCCAUUGUUGCUUCUGUUGUCACCUCCAACAAAAGGGCAACUCAGGGAACCUACAGCCCCAGCCGUCAGGAGAAGGAGGGCUCCCGAGUGGAAAUGUGGAACUUGAUGCCAGCCCCUGCAAUGGAGAGACUGAUUUAGGAGCAUUGUGUCCCUUCGAGAUGGGGAUCCACACACUGUGAAUGUGAUGACUGUACUUCAGGUAUCUCUGACAUACCUGACAAUGUUAAUCUGCAACUGGGAUUACACUGGAACUACAGGAAUGAUUCCUUUGACCACCUUAAAAACUUUCACAGUGGUUCCGCUCGACACCAUUGUUUUAUUAUAUUAUAUCAGCCAAUUGCAAGAAAAGUCUGUGCCAGUAAUUUCAGCCUUAUAAUUAGCAAAAACAUCUUCCAGAGAAUAAAGUCUUCUGUGGCUUUAGUGGCUAUCACUGAAACUCUUUCCUCUUUUCAACCUGGGAACAAAUUUUAGUUUUCAUUUUAGGUUUCUGUACUUUCUGUAGUUUCUGUGUAAACUGCCAUAUGUUUACACGGAAACUACAGGAAAAAAUUGGCUACAUUUCUCACUUCUCCUAUCAUGUGGUCAAAGAUAUUGUUGUAUACCAGCGAUGGGAUGUGUACUUUUGUCCUUCAUUCAUGGAUUCAGAGAAAGCUCUGGGAAUGACUUAUGGUUCAAAAAAGUGACCCAAUGGCAACAAAUAAAAAUUGAAAUGCA